AUGGCACGACUGAUCGACAAUGAACCUAACACAAGGGUAAAACCCAUGAAGAUUUUGUGUAUGGGAAUGGCCAGAACAGGGACAAACUCCAUGGUCCUCGCUCUCCGCAAACUAGGCUUCAACCCCUACCAUGGCUCCGAAUGUUUCAAGAACCCCCCUCGAGACUUCAACCUUUGGAUUGAAGCGAUGGAGUGCAACUUCUUCAACACAAAACAAAAGCCACGAUACGGCCGCGAGGAAUUCGAUCGUUUAAUGGGUUCAUAUGACGCUUGUCUUGACGUUCCCACAUGCCUCUUCUGGGAGGAUUUAGUGGAGGCCUACCCAGACGCAAAAGUGAUCCUCACCAUCCGGGAUCCUGAUUCUUGGCUCAAAUCAGCCAAUGCGACGGUCUUCAAAUUUAUGCAAACACCCUUUUUCCGCUUCUGGCACUACAUGGACUCUACGGUCCUGGGGCCGCUCUUUCGCAAAUCCGAGAUGGUCUGGAAGAUCUUCUGUAACAACAAUUAUGAUGAUGCCGUCUUGAAACAGGCGUACCUUAACCAUAACGCACGAAUUCGACAGGCGAUUCCAACGGACAGGCUUUUAGAAUUCGAGACUGGCAAGGAUAGCUGGGAUAAGAUUUGUCAAUUCCUGGAUUUGCCAGUCCCCGACGAGCCAUGGCCUAGGGCAUACCCCACGGAAGCAUUCCAGGCCCAUAUGGAUCGCUCCAAGCUAUUUGUGAACAUUUGA